AUGGGGUCUACAUGGUCGCAGUUUCUCCCACCCACGCCUUCUUUGACUGAAGCUAAUCUGCCUAGCCAGAAGGGCAAGGUUUUUAUCGUGCCCGGCGGAUAUUCCGGCAUCGGUCUAGGACUAUGCAUAAUGCUUUACCAAGCUGGAGGGAAAGUAUAUCUUGCGGGUCGCUCAGAGGAAAAAGCCAUGGAAGCGAUCGCCAAUAUCAAAGCCGCGAGACCCUCCCCUGAUGGAGCGAUCUUAUUCCUUCCUCUCCAGCUUGAUGACCUGACGACUACAAACCGGUAG